ACGGAGCCACCUACUCGUGUGGCACCUAGGGAAUGGAAGUCCGGUAUGUUUUUAUAGAUAAAAGGGGAAAAUGGGUGCCCGACAAGUUGGCGUCGUUUUUCUGUGAAAGAUCAAACUUUGUUUCGUAGACAUGAAAUCUCAGGUGUUCCUGUCAAGUCGUUGCUUUUCGAAUUGCUCCAGCAGCUCAACCCGUGCAAUUGUUUGGACCAGUGGCUAUUGAUAAACUCGCUGUAAGUUAUCCAACAGUUAGCUAAAAGCAUAGUGCUAGCUUAGCACAGUCACAGCCGGAGGCCCGCUGGGUCCCCUGUUUAGCUCGCGUGUAGGGGGCUAACUACCUCUUUAAAUGUUUGCAAAGGAAACCCGACUAAAGGAAACCAAGCUGCCACGCGUCGCCCUCACUGAAGGAAUAUGUGUGAUCCCUGGCUGACUUUUGCACUCGUUUGGGGAACUUUCUGCACAGGGCUCAGUCAGGGGGAAGUGGAGACUCGGGAGUGUGUGUUCUACAAUGAUAACUGGCGGACGGAGCGAACCAAUCAGAGCGGGCUGGAGCGCUGCGAGGGCGAGAAGGACAAACGGCUGCACUGCUACGCCUCCUGGCUCAACUCCUCCGGAACCAUCCGCCUCGUCAAGAAGGGCUGCUGGCUCGACGACUUCAACUGCUACGACAGGCAGGAAUGCGUGGCUACGGAGGAGAACCCCCAGGUGUUUUUCUGCUGCUGCGAGGGAAACUACUGCAAUGACAAGUUCACUCACCUGCCGGAGGCCAUCGCACCUGCAGUGAAGAUCCGCCCUCCCCCGCCCCCUCCCUCGGUGCUGAGUGUGCUGGUGUACUCCCUGCUGCCGUUGUGUCUGCUCUGCCUGCUGCUGCUGCUGGGGGGGUGGCUGUACCGCCAGCGCAAGCCCCCCUACGGACACGUGGACCUCAGCGAGGAUCCUGGUCCCCAAUCUACCUCACCGCUUGACAGCCUGAAGCCACUGCAGUUGUUAGAGGUCAAAGCCAGGGGGCGCUUUGGCUGUGUAUGGAAGGCCCAGCUCAUGAACGAGCAUGUGGCCGUCAAAAUUUUCCCCAUUCAGGAUAAGCAGUCAUGGCAGAACGAGCGGGACAUCUUCUUGACCCCUGGCAUGGGCCAUGAGAACCUGCUUCACUUCAUCGCUGCGGAGAAGCGCGGAACCAACCUGCAGAUGGAACUCUGGCUCAUCACUGAGUUCCACGAAAGGGGCUCUCUGAUGGACUAUCUGAAGGGGAAUGCAGUGAGUUGGCCGGAUCUAUGUUUGAUCUUAGAGAGCAUGUGCAAAGGCUUGGCCUACCUACACGAGGACAUGCCCUACAGACAGGAUGAGCCCAAACCAGCUAUAGCACACAGGGACUUCAAGAGCAAGAAUGUGCUGCUGAAGACUGACCUCACAGCAGUGAUUGCUGACUUUGGACUCGCCGUCCGCUUUGAGCCGGGGAAACCACCUGGAGACACGCAUGGACAGGUGGGCACGAGGCGCUACAUGGCUCCUGAGGUGUUGGAGGGGGCCAUUAACUUCCAGAGGGACGCCUUCCUGCGCAUCGACAUGUACGCCCUGGGCCUGGUGAUCUGGGAGGUCAUCUCGCGCUGCACCGCCACUGACGGCCCUGUGGAGGAGUAUGCGCUGCCGUUUGAGGAGCACCUGGGGCAGCACCCGUCUCUGGAAGACCUGCAGGAGGUGGUGGUCCAUAAGAAGCUGAGGCCCCUCUUCAGGGACUGCUGGCUCAAACACCAGGGCCUGGCGCAGCUGUGUGAGACGGUGGAGGAGUGCUGGGACCACGAUGCGGAAGCGCGGCUCUCAGCCGGUUGCGUGGAGGAGCGCAUCGCCCAGGUUGCCCGUGCAACAGGCAGCAACACCACCACCUCCGACUACCUGCUCUCCGUUGUCACCUCCAUGGCCAACCUGGACAUUCCGCUCAAAGAGGCCAGCACCUGAAAGGACGAGCGCUCACCUGACCUGAAGAUGCAGAGUGAGGGAGAGAGAGGCAGGGCUGUCGUCUGUUCCCAUCUCAGUGAAAAUUCUCCCCUUUUUAUUUUUGGAAGAAAAUGGCUGCUAUUUUACCUCACAGUUUUCAGGUUUUGAUUUUUUUUUUUUUUUUUUUUUUUUUUUUUUUUUUGUCUCAUGUUUUGUUUUUUCUUUGUGUGCUGGAUGCAACUCAGGCUCACUACACCACAGAGAGGGAGAGACUCACCUAUUACCUCAUCUUUCUCCUGUCAUCCUCAGCUCUUUGUGACCAUCCUGUGACUCUGCUGGGGAUCAGAGAACAAGCGAGAGAGAGAGAGAGAGAGAUUCGAAUACAUUACCUCAACUUUCUUUCACCACAUUUUUUUUCCCUGGAUGACCAUUUUUUGACUUUUUUUACCUCCGAAAGAUUACCUCACAUUUCUUGUUUUUCAUCCUCUCUUGCGGGUUGACCAUGUUGCGAGUGUGACGUCAGUGCUGAAGAGAGCGCGAAAGAUGGACUGCAACACACAAUACCUCAUAACUGUCAUCUUUCUGUGACCGAGCAGAAAGGCUGAGAAAGGGACUCAAACUAAUGUGUUACCUCAUGUUCCCAAUUUUUUUUUCUCUCUCUCUCUUUUUGUCUCUAUCCAGUGAUGCUGUGAUGUCGUUUUUGUUGGUAUUGAUAGUUUUGACGGGUGUACCUCCACUCCUGCCGUAUUGCUGUCUGCACAGACGCUCCAAAUAUUACCAUGACGUUUGUGGCGUUCUAGAUGAUUAGAGAAGACUGUUACCCAUAAUGCAUUGUGACCACCCCUUUCCUCCUUUCGUUCUUUCUCUCUUUCUCUUGCCCAAUCAGCUCUCUUUUCUUUUGUCAGGGAUAAUUUGAGCUGUGUUACAUAUUCAGGUCCUUUUUUAAUUCUUUCAUGAAAGGUUCACUCCUUCUCAGACUCUGCCUCUUCUGUCGGCACCACUGCAGACCGAGUCUUAAUUUGCCUCGUUUCGAGUGUGGUAAUUGCUUAACGACUCGUGCAGGAGAAGACUCCUGGGGGGAGCAGGUCUAGGAGGGGAAUGUGUUCCAUGAGUUACUGGACUUAUGGAGGCCUCUCAAUGGCACAAUGUUGAAAGGCUUGGCCCUACAGGCCACAGCACUGGACUGCAGCUGAUUGGGUGGAGGACUGGAGGGGGAGGGGCUGGUAGAGGAGACCGGCCCAAUCAGGCACAUGAAGGGGAGGGGCUGGGCAGGGAUAAGUGGUCAGGGUCUAAACAAAUCUCAGGUCUCCCUCAGAUGUCAUGGUUCCUCUGCACAUACAGAGGUGUGUGUGUGUGUGUGUGUGUGUUGUGUUUCCAGAACUACUCGUCUGCUAUCAGCAAUACAGCAUUGACCUACCCCAUACGUAAGGCUUACAUAAAUAUACACGCUGACUAUCUCGCCUCAUGGAGUCUCCCCCCUAGCAGGCAGCUUUUUUACUCUGACGGUACCUCAGACGUUGAAAUCAAAUAUCACUUUUCUACUGUGUUUUCCUCUGUGUGUGUGUGUGUGUGUGUGUGUGUUUAAACAGUAGUGCAUGAUAGGAUUUUUAUCACACAAGACCUAGAUUUUGUUAGGUCUGGGAAAGGUCAAUGAUUCAUUUUUAUCUCUGUGUGUGGUGUGAAAACAGCCCCAAAGCUUGCGGGGCAGUGUGCUUCGGCACAUCUUCUCUCAGGACUCAAACGGAAUGCCUCUUUACAGGCUGGGGGCUUCCUGCCUCAGGCAUACGGUCAUCUCACAGCAAAGGGACAGACUCCUUAGAGAAAUACGCUAUCAGUACACACCCUCUCUUUUAAUGACCCUUUAGUUGCUGUUGUUUUUUUUUGUGUUUUUCUCUUUCUAUAUAAUGGUUGGAGUUGUGCAUUAAUUGUUUCUGUUUUGACUUUUUGAGAUCAUUCCUUGCUACAGUGGAUGCUUUUGCACAGGUACUCAUUUCAGUGUCAAGGUUUAUUUAAAAAGAUAAGAUUGUCUCCUACCUCAUCUGGCAUUCAGUAAGAACAGGGUACCGCUAGGCUCAGCUACAGGCUGCAGAUAGCAGACGUUAUCAGAGGCUGCGUAGAGGGUCAUAAUGACAUGGCACGUGAAUAUCUGGUUCCGGCUGUGGGGAUGUUAGGACUGUAAAUUAUGAGUGUGGGGAGCUCCCGUGGAUCAUGAUUGUGUGGGGACCUCCGGGGGUCCGUCACCGGCUCAGUGCUCCUGCCAGCAGCCAAAGAUGGUCCACAUGCAGAAGCAGCACCAGGGAGAAAAGGCCUCCGCUCCAGAAGCCGGGCCAAAAACACUCUCCAGGCCGUCUGCAGCUCUGUGGGGGUGUUAGACUGCCAGAACCAGCUUCUGUGUAACCAUUAGGCUGGUGAUUGGCCAGCAGGGGGUCAGAUUGGACUGACCGUCCAGGUGUAAUGUGUGUGUUUGUGUAACUGGGAUACUGUUAGCCCAGUGAUAGGCCAAAACUAGCUCACAGUCCGGCAGCUGUGUGUGUGUUAAGCACAAGAGACUGCUGUGCCACUGGUUUUUUGUCCACGUACCCUCCUUCACUACUCCUUUGCUGAUCUACUUUAUCAUGGUUCGGAAAGCUGUGUGAUCGGCAGACUCUGUGCUUACUAUCCUGAGUUAUGAGUGCAUUUGCCAUCUUAACAUAUUUAUUUUAAUGUUUGCUUUUGAUCUGGUACCCUUCAUCUCCCCCAGGAUAAGGAGUGACUGGUGACUUACUACAGUGUGGGCUUGGUGUGUCCUCUAAGGCAAUGUACGAUUUCCUCCUCAAAAAAAAAAAGCGUCUGAGGUUUCCAAAGUAGAAUUGUUCCGAUCCCUGGUUUCACUAAGCAUUCAUGGAUAGAAUCGGAACUGCCUGCUGGUUGCUCAUGUGUUGUGGGCAGCUGGAUGCUCUGUUUAUUCCAAAGACUGUCCCCUGGGCAGUGGAACUGGAGCUCUUGGAGAACAUGGGUCCUCUUCAGACAUUUCUAAUCUGUGUGUGCGUGCUUUCUGUCCAUACUGACUGACUGGCUUGGUUGGCCUGUUUUCUUUUUGGCAAGGCACAUUUGUGCCCUUAAGCUGUCAUGGGGUGUGCGUUCUCUCCAGAAGUGAGCUGAAGUUUUACUCAGGUUUGGGGUGUGUGUUCUCUCCAGAAGUGAGCUGAAGUUUUACUCAGGUUUGGGGUGUGCGUUCUCUCCAGAAGUGAGCUGAAGUUUAACUCAGGUUUGGGGCUUUGAGCUGUUUUCAGAGCUGGUUCUGGGAGGGGAGCUGUGCCACAAGGGGAAGGGGAAUGAUAAGGCGUUGUAAUGUAGUGGCCCAGUAAGCAUGUAUUACAGCCUGACAAACGGCACUGCUUUUGGUACUCCUAGUGUUGUCAGUUCGCUCAUACCCAAAUGGACAUUGCAAUAUGAUAUGCUGGCAUCCACAACACUACUUCCUUCGUACGGGUUUUAGUCGUUUACGUUGAUAUGUGUUUAUUGUUUGUUUGUUUAUUUGUUUGUUUUUCUUUGUUCCCACAUAACCAAUGACCUCAGGCAGUCCCUUAUGAUUUGUGGUGACUGUUUUUUCUUGACUGAAAGCUAAUGUUCUACUUGUUUAUUUGUAUUGAUGUUGUUAUUUUUUACUCAUGUCAUCUCUUAAUGAAUUUAUACCUAAAUAUCCAUUAACAAUGUGAAUCCCCUGCCUGGUCCCUACCUCUUUCCAUAAAGGUGAACACUAAGGAUGAUGCUGGUAGUUUAGUCUCCAGUAGUGGGCAGUGUAAGAACUCUAUCGCUGUUCUCACAGUGUAUGAAAUUAAUCGUUUGGUACUGGCUGGAAUGAGGCAAGAAUGCUCAGAUUCAACAUGUGGAGACUUUGACGUCAUGGAUUCCUUCUAAACUGUUGUGACAUUGAAUUUGUUUAAGAUUUUAUUGAACACACUUUUAAGUUGAUGGUCUGCCCUUGGGACUUUUAUAAUACAGUGACCAUAAUGAAGCUUUACUUUAAAUGUAAGCAUUAGAGGGUUUUAUUUUUUAUUAUUAGAUUAUUUCCUGAUGAAUUUGAACUGCUGCAGUGACUUGCAUCUGACCCAUCUUAUAAGUGAUCUCAGGUGGAUUGAAGUAUUUUUAAAACACUGAAAAUGUCAAAGGCACAAGCACACUUGGCUGUGCAGUCUCACACACCAUAGGAAGUGACCUCAGCGUGUUGUGUGCAACUUCACCUCCAUUCUGCUCUGAACCCCUGGUGUCCCUAGCUACCUCAGCUUCCUGUGUGGGCAUUGUAUCUGCACUCACACCUGUUUUAGAGCUCACUCAGUUCAACUCCAUGCGCUCUGGAGUCCACAUUUAGUCAGUAUUGAGCCCACUGAGGGGAAGCGCUGGCAGUCGAGUCAGACAUCAGUGUACAGAGUCCUGGUCAAAGUAGGUCUGUCUCUGUCUGGCUAUCUGUCUGUCGUUUGUUUGUUUGUCUGUUUGUUUGUUUUCCUCAGGGUGUUAGAAUGUCCUGGGAAUUAUCUCAACUUCAUCAGGAUUGGCCAGACAAGUUCGGUUCUCCCUCUUGGAGUUUGUUUCUUAGUAUCGGAGUGUUACGUAAGGAGCGAUUAUAACUAAUAUGUGGGAAAUGUAGUAGAACAGUGGUUUUGCAUUUGAAUGCAUUUUACUAUUAUUAUGCUACAUAACGAGUAUUAUAUUCUGUGAAUAGUGUUUAAAAAAAAAAAGGGCAGAAAUGGAGAUUUCAUGUUUUGAUGCCAUCACUGAGAAGCUUUGAUAUCGGUGUUAAUCCGAGAUGGGAUGUGACGUUGGAUUGGACGUGGUACCGGUGUGGCCCGGACUAGCCUCACUGCCCUGUUCUCACAUGCUUUAGAACCUGCUAAUGAUGUCACCUGUAGAUUGGGCAGGAACAUGGUUUUGUUGUAACCUUGGAAAACGUAUAAAUUGCCUAAGGAUCAUUUUAACUGUGGUAGUUAGCAGUGAUCAAUGUAUCCUUGUGAUAGAGACUGGAUUCAUGGAUGGAUAUCACUUUGUUUUAUUAUUAUUAUUGUUAUUCAUAUUAUUUUGAACUAUUUUUGUGGCCAGAUAAUGGAAAGAUGGCGCCUGUUUUAAGUCUGUGGCAGGGUUUUGCCACUGUUAAGACAAACUCAAUGAAUGUAGUCUUCUUACCUUAUGGACGCUCAUGAAUUAUUGUGUUUUUCCCCCAAGUACUCAAGUUUGUUUUGUAUUGUAAUAAUAAACCUACUAUUUGACUGUUAAA